GUUUGUUUUACUGUUGGUCCAGUUGAACUUCAGUAUUUCAAAGCUCAAUACCUCAAUGCCAUGAAUUUGUCAAAUUCCUUUGAGCUGUGUGACUCCAGUGACAACUGGGAGUUUAUCAAUGGAUUCUGUUAUAAAUUGUUUGAAGAGAAGAGUAACUGGUUUGACGCGCGAGCUGUUUGUCAGCAGAACAACGGUGACCUAUAUAUCCCAACAUCUCGCAGGAUGAUACAAUCCCUUAGUGAUCUCAUUCCCUGUCGCACUCCUGAGGAUAAAGCUUGGUUAGGGAUUUCAGAUACUACCUGGCCUGGACAUUUUGUGGGUACAAACAACAAAACAUUACGAUAUCAAGCAUUUUAUUCCUAUGGAAGAAUUAUUGUAAAUAGAGGUUCCACUUGUGUUUAUUCCAAUCCCAUGUCUAACUUCUACUGGCAAGCUACACUCUGUAGUGAUGAAAACAAAUUCUUAUGUGAGAAAAAAGCAGGAACUUGUCCAGUGGGCUGGCAGAGUUACUUGGACAACUGUUACCAGCUGAAUGAUAUACCUGGCUUACAAUCCACCUGGUUCAUGGCUAAACAGUACUGUGAGAACCAAAACACAUCACUUCUGAUCAUAGGAAAUUCAGCAGAGGAUAGCUUUGUUAAACAGUUAAUGAACAACCAGAGAGUUACCACAGCUUGGAUUGGUUUUUCUGAUGAAUCCCAGGCUGAUGUGCUGAAGUGGGUGAAUGGUAACCUGGUGUCUGGUAACUAUAGUAACUGGAGCUCGGGCUUCCCUAAACCCAGUCCUAAUCAGGGCGACUGUGGCAAGGUUCAGGCAGGCUCCUCCUCGUCUUCCUGGUCCAAUGGAUACUGUUUCAUAUCCCUGCCAUUUAUAUGUAAAGCUAAAAUGAUAACAAGAAUCACAAACAUAACCAAACCAGCCCAGACCCAUUGUAACAGUGGCUGGUUACAGUAUAGGUCUGACUGUUAUUUUAUGUGUUUACAGCCCAGACCCAUUGUAACAGUGGCUGGUUACAGUAUAGAUCUGACUGUUAUUAUACCCCACGCAACUAGUUGCGGGAGGAUAAAGGUCUGA